AUGGUCAAAAGUUCAACGACAGAUUCUUCUUCAUCUCGCCCUAACGAGAGAUCGAGAGAGGACAAUUCAAAUCGUCAUCAUCAACAAACAACAUCAUCCUCGGAUAUGGAAGAAAAAUUACAAAUAAAACCAACAAGCUCGGAUUCAUAUAAUAAUGUUGUUCGUGGAGCGUUGAAAUUAAAGGGAAGAAUUUCAAAACCAACCAAAACACAAUCAUUCUCAAAACAACAAGCACUGAAAGAAGAAUUAGGAAAACGAGUAGAAAUUGAAAAAACUGACGCAGAAGCUCGUUUUGAACAAAAAAUGAUGGAAACGAAAAAGAAAUUGAUCAAAGAAAAAGCUGAAAAGUCAUACCGAGAGAAAAUUAACGAAUUCAAUGAGAAGAUUUCUAAACUGAGUGAAUACCAUGACAUUCCAAAGGUGUAA